AUGUGCCACUUUCAGGUCUCCUCACACUGCUGGUGUGUUCCAUUUUUUGUCAUAGGGUGCUGGCAGAUUACGGGCCUCCCAUAGCUGCUGCCAGGCCCCUAAUCUGCCAUGGGCCCCUAAAUACCGCCUCCUCAUGCUGCUGCCAAGUCCAGAGUCUCUCAUGGGUCCCUGUACGGCCUCCCAUUGCUGCUGUCUCCAUCGCCACACUCUGCCAUGUGCCACUUUCAGGUCUCCUCACACUCCUGCUGUUUUCCAUUUUGUCAUAGGUUGCUGGCAGAUUACAGGCCUCCCAUAGGUGCUGCCAGGCCCCAAAUCUGCCAUGGGCCCCCGUACCGCCUCGUCACGCUGCUGCUGGGUCCACAGUGUGACAUGGGUUGCUGUAUGGCCUCCCAUUGCUGCUGCCUCCACCGCCACACUGUGGCUCCA